GGCCUCAACUAUUAAAGACCGUCGUGGUUACUGGUUCGUGGCUAAAAAAUUAUCAUUUUUGAUUUUUAUCAUUAAUCACUAUUCAUUACUCAUUAAUCAGUAAUCACUACCAGCGUAACCGCUUUGCCGCUUAAGAUACAUCGGGUCUUCACUCCUUCAGGUGUCAGUUAGCGAGAACAAAUUAUUAAAAUGCCAACAACUCGUUACACCCAUGCAGUGGUUAAUCGUAUACCACAGUCGCUAAGAACCCGACUACCGACGUUGGAUUACGAUCGAGCCAAACGGCAACACGAGAACUAUGUUCAAGCCCUCCGAGAUAUUGGUCUUGACGUAAUCGAAAUGCCAGCAGACGAGGAUACACCUUGGUGUGCUUUUGUUGACGACACCGCGUUUGUCUGCAAUGGUACUGCAAUCAUCACUAAGCCUGCUGAGCCCGAGAGAGUGAAAGAAGUUGAAGCAAUAAGAGCGGUGUUGAAGAAAGAAAUUGGUUUGCCUAUUGUUGAGGUUUCUGAUAAAUCUGCAAAAUUACAUGGAAGCGAUAUAUUAUUUACAGGUCGAGAAUUCUUUAUUGGAAUAACAAAAUGGACUAAUGAAUCGGGAGCAUGUGCAGUUGCAUCUGCGUUUCCCGAAUAUCCAUGUACUCCAAUCAAGGUUACAGAAAACAAACAUCUAAAAACAAUUGUGUCAAUGGCAGGACCAGACCUCAUGUGUGUGGGCUCAAGUGAUUCUUCAAAAAAUGUUUUGAAAAGACUAGAAAGAGAAGCUACAUAUAGCUACCAAAUUCUUACAUUACCCGAAGAUGAAGCAGCUAAUGUUAUGUACAUCAAUGGUACACUAUUACAUCGGUCAGCCAAAGAAAUCCCAUUAUCAUUCAAUGUUUUAGCGGAGAAAAUAACUGACUUUACUCUACAAUCAGUAGAUAUUUCUGAACUAUUAAAAUGUGAAGGAGCCAACUUAAAUUCAUGUUGUCUUUUAGUCAGACGUACAAAACAUAUUCGAAGCUUAUAAUUUGUUAUUAUGUUAUGCAAUUCAUUCCUUUAUAUCAGUAUUACCUUCACUUCUCAUGACAAACUUAUUUAUAUACACGCUCACAUAUACACACACAUUGUUGAAUUCUAAUACUUAUUAGUUAUUAGUAUAUUAAUUCAUGACAGCUUUUUAAAAAAAAAUAAUGUGUACUAAAGUUUAAUCUCAACAAUGUAUGUUAAUUAAUUAAUUUGUUCCUUGAAAGAAUUUUAAAUGAUUGGAUCUGAUAUUAUUGUUACAAUUUAGUAUACAAUUUUUAUUAAUUUAAUUUAAUAUUUAUUAACUGACAAUAUUAUAUAAUAUUAUAAUCCAAAAGUAAGAAUUAAAUUAUUAUUUCCUUUAAAAAAAUAUUUUCUUGUAUUCACCCAACCUUAUUUAACAUUUUGUUAAUUGAUUAUACAAUAUACAUUAUAAUUUAUAACAAAUAAAUUAACUAAACCCAUAAAGAGUUAAAUAGUAUUAAGAAUGUUAUACCUGCAUAUUAUGUUGAAUGUCUUAUAAACAUACAACAAUAAAUUUAUAUAGAGAAUUUCCAAUUUUGUAUAGUAACUUUUAAUAAUAGUGAAUUUACUUAAUAUAAAACUUAAAAAUUACAAACAUUAACUUUGAUUUUUUUACAAUAUUCUAAAUACUUAUAACACCCCAUAUGAAUACACAGGAUAAUAUGUUCUUACCUUCAAAUUUAAUAACAGGUCAAUCAAAUUUACUUACUAUACAAAAUAGAAUCACAGAACAUAAAAUAAUUGCUGUAUUGUAAGUUAGUAAAUUAAGUUAGGCCAACAUUAUUAGUGGGUGACCAGGUUUCCUCCUGCAAUAACGUGGCGCCUCAACAAUAUUUAAAUAUAAUAUAGAUUCCUAAUAAUUUUAAAUUGAAAAAGAAAUUUUUUUUUUUUAAUUACUUAAUAUAUAAUUUUUUUAAAGUCAAGAUAUGUUAUUUAAUCAAAAUAUAUAGAUAUAAAUUAAUGUUGAUGAACUUAAUGAAAUUAAGUUAAUGAUCUCAGGUUAAUACCCGAGAUCAUUCGAUUGGUUUCCAAUACUAAUUUUACUCAUACAGGAAAAAUCUUACCCCAAUAAUAUAUUAAACCACCUUGUUAAAAUAAAAUUUUAGUCAGUCACGCCAUUGAAAGGUACUAAAUAAUAUAAGCAGAUAGAAAUCUGGGAAAAAAACUAAGUGCAUUUUAAGUUUAACUAAGGUGAAUUUUUCUUCGCACAUGAGAAGUCGUGGGUUGAAUAGUACAAGAUAUUUUCAAUCAUUGUAAAUCUCUGAGCAGGGUAAAUUAAUUAUAAAUGUAGAUCAUACUUAAAAUUAAAUACUAUAAUAUUAAAAUUGUAUAUUUCAUUAUAUAAAUUAAUAAUUAAGCAAUUAUACAACUCAUUUACAAUUACCU